AUGGUAGAUGUGUCACAGAAUCAGUUUUCCUCUAUAAACCAUGGCAAACCAUGGCCAGUAAAUUCAAGCGCAGCUAAGACGAAAUACGUCUCUUUAGCGGGAAACAGGAACUUGUUAAUUCAUUUCCAGAGCUUCAUAGAACUUUUCACAAAGACGGUUGAUUUCGUAGAAAGUCCAUCAAUUUCAAAUGUUAGCUUUUGCGACAUCAAAAGUCCAGUACUUGCAAAUUUGUAUUACUUUGAAACAAUGUCCACUUGCGAUAUGCGUGGCAACAAUUUUUAUGGACCUUUACCCGAAUUUUUCGAGGACUUUUCUUUGCUUACAUACUUCGAUGUCUCAUCAAAUAACUUAACAGGCAGCUUUCCACCUGGAAUUCAGAACCUCAACUCCCUUCAAUAUUUAGAUAUUUCAAGAAAUCCUUUCAUGCGAGAAGGAAACAGCGCAUCUACUAGUGUCUAUCAACCAGACUUUUCAAGAAUGAUACGGCCACCCGAAGCAGAGAACUACACGUGCCCUGAAGGACGUCUCGUCUUCAGUAACGGUCGCAUUCGCUUAGAUCCCACGUUUUACGACUACAGAUAUUGCAUCUGUGAUGCCGACUUUUAUGGAGACAAAGGGUUGUGCAAAAAAUGCAUGGAAGGCGGGACUUGCCAUGGAAAAGAUUUCCGUGAGACAGCAGAUCUUCGUCCUAGCAUCAUGAAAAUCGGCAGUGGUUACUGGCCAUCACCUGAACCGAACAAUGUCACCCACCUUGUAAAGUGUCCAAUACCAUCUGCUUGCAAUCCAUCGGAUUCUUGCACCUGUGAGCUGAAUACAUCGCGAAAAGACACAAACUCGCCCUCUAACAGACCCCAAGUGCUAUCUCUCUUCACAACAUGCAACCAUUCGUGUAUCUGUUGUUGUAUCUGUCGUGUUGCUGUUGUUCUCGCUGUCUCGAUGGAUUCUACAGAUUAG